AUGAAGGACUUGGAGAGCGGCCAUCUCUCCAGAGCCCACGCUUGUGUAGGCCGCAAGCCUCAGUGUCGGCGUUUCGGUAGUAGAGGUGACACAGUUUGGUGUCGCUGGUUGCGCCGUUGUUCCCUUUACUCUGACAACUUCGGCACUGGUUCAGAUGGGCAAGCUGCCCGGCUUUAUCGUCGGAUUUCUGGCCCAGUUUGUGGAGCUCAUGCGAUGCACGACUUGUCAGCUCGGCAUCCAGGCCCCGCCCCCCGUAUUGAAGACAUUUUAUCAAAUCUGUUAUUUUAA